AUGGCGGGGUCCGGGGUGGUGUCCAGGGGGGCAGCGGACGGCUCCAUCUCUUGCGGGGCGGCGGGAAGCGGCCGGCGGCUGUGGCAGCGGAGCGAGGAGAGAGCGGAGCAUCCAGCCCGGGUGCGAGCCCGGGGGGAGGAGGAGACUCCGGCUCAGAGCAUCAGGGAAGACGAGGGCAGGCAGCAAACAAACUCCGGUUGCUCCGCUCCCCGCGGCCGCCUCAUCACUGCCCGCGCCGGCGGCGGAGAGGGGCAGGGGGGGAGCGGUGCCGCCUCCCGGCGCUGCCCGUCCCCUCCCCGCCCCAGGGAGCUCCUUCGGCGGCGGGAGCGGCUUGGGAAGAGCGGGAGACUCGUCAGCCUCCCCUCGCCAUGGCAGGCUCUGCCGCCUCCUCCUCCUCCUCCCGAAGCCUUAGAGCGAAGAGCUGUCCAGGGACUGUCCAAACCCGGAGCCCUCCCGUCGCUCCCGCGGGCUGCGGAUGCGGGCCCUGCGGAGCGAGGCUCCGUCCGCCUCGCCCUCCCUCACACAGAGAUAUGGAUAUGGUGGAUGGGUACAGCUGGAUCAUCACUGCAAGGGGUCACAGUCCAAGCCCUUUCCACAGUCCCUGUGAUGUUCAGCUACUGGGCCAAACCUCAGGAUACUUUAGACCUAGCCCAGAUAUUAAACAAUGACUUGGCUGCUACAGUAAAGAAGUACCCCAAGAGGUUUGUGGGUCUGGGCACGUUACCCCUGCAAGCUCCAGACCUGGCUGUGAAGGAAAUGCAUCGCUGUGUGAAGGAGCUGGGAUUUCCUGGAGUGCAAAUAGGAUCUCAUGUCAACGAGUGGGACCUGAAUGCCCCAGAGCUGUAUGAUGUUUAUGCUGCUGCUGAAAAAUUGAAUUGCUGUCUCUUUGUGCAUCCCUGGGACAUGCAGAUAGAUGGGAGGAUGUCCAAAUAUUGGUUUCCUUGGCUAAUAGGCAUGCCAACAGAAACAACCAUGGCCAUUUGCUCCAUGAUUAUGGGUGGAAUUUUUGAAAAGUUUCCUAAGCUGAAAGUUUGCUUUGCACAUGGAGGUGGAGCUUUUCCAUACACAGUGGGGAGAAUCUCCCAUGGAUUCAACGUGCGCCCUGACUUGUGUGCGAUGGAUAACAAGGUGGAUCCAAAGAAAUACCUUGGCUCAUUUUACACAGACUCUCUUGUCCAUGACCCUGGUGCACUAAGGCUGUUAACAAGUGUCAUAGGAGAGGACAAAGUCAUUUUGGGGACAGAUUACCCUUUCCCACUUGGGGAACUGGAACCUGGAAAAUUGAUUGAUUCGAUGGACGAUUUUGACCAUAAACUGAAGGAUAAACUCAAGGCUGGAAAUGCUCUGGAAUUUUUGGGUCUUAGCAGAAAACAAUUUGAAUAAUUAAGAAGAUACCAAAGAGGGUAAACUAUGGAAACAAUGCUGGAUCCUUAGGGAUGCUUCUGUUGGCAUGUGCAAUUGUACAGGUGAAAAAGAAAUUUGACAAGUAUCUAAGUCUCCCGUAGGUACUGGAAAUGAGUGUGCACAGGUAUUGCUGUGCAUUUGAGGAUUUAGGCUGUUUAAACAAUUCUGAAAUCUCUGCUUUCGUAAUAAAGGAGAGAUUUCACCUUUUGCAGUUGUAAUAAGAAUCUCUGAAUUAUAAUGAAUGCCAUGUUAUUAGGACUUGAUUCUCAGGAAGGAAAGAGCUGAGAAAACUAUAUACCCAUUAUAUUUCAGUCUUUGUUAUGAGCAAUAAACAGAAUUUGAAAGAAUCUUAAAACAGAAUUUAAGCAGAACUUUGUUGAUGCCCAAUAAAAGGUAACAUUUGCCUGUAUCCACUGCUGGGAAGUGCAUCAUGUCACACUCAGCUCAGCACUACAAGGGUGGGCACUGAUGCUUUGUCAGUGUUGUGACAGGAUGAAAAAGUCUAUGUGGGGAACUUUACAUUUCAGCUGCCACCUACACCACUGUCAACUUAUUCAUCAGAAACAAUCUGGACAAUAUGGUUGUAGGUGCAGAAAGAAUGUAUUUUGUGUGGGUAAUACUUGAUAUGUCACUGUCACUAUCAAAAUAAAUACUAGUGUUUAGCAACA